AUCUCGGGCUCGUGACGAGUUCAGCUUGGCACGGAGUUGCUUCGUCUGGGUGCAUAUUAUCUGCAAUCUUCUUGUGAUCGAGUUUUUGCAGAUAUUUUCUCUCUUUACCAUUAUGGCAAGCGAUUCCUCCUCUUGCAAGAGAAAGGUUGUCUUAGCAUUGGAUGGCAGUGUCAACAGCAUGCGUGCUUACCAGUGGUACUGGGAUAAUAUUUAUCAGGAGGGAGACCUACUCCUAGUCAUUCAUGCCUUUGAACUCCCGACAAUGCCAGCCGCACCUUACCCAUAUGGAUUUGCAUACUACGAAGAGUGGAGCUCCCUUGUGCAGAAGGCAGAUGAUGAGGCAAAACAUUUGCUAGAAGAUUGUGGGCGCAAGUGCCAAGAAAAAAUAUGUUCAAUUGACCCAGAGAAGAAAAAAAAUAUUCAUUUCAAGCUUUUCAAGGAAACUGGCAAGCCUGGUGAAGUAGUGUGCAAAUUUGCCCAAGAUGAAAAUGCACACCUGAUCAUCAUGGGUUCCCGCGGCCUAGGCACCUUGCGGCGCACAUUUCUAGGCAGCAACAGUGACUACUGUGUGCACCAUGCACACAUUCCCGUCGCUGUUGUUCCUCCCCCACCAGAACAUGAGGAGUCUCAAUCACACAAAGAUUAGUAGGAUUGCUUUUAAUCAUCACUACUGCAGUGGCUUCCAACAAAAUCACCUGACCAUUACUCAUCUUACUCAUUAUAAGGAUGUAAAGAGCUUGAAUGCCAAUACUUCUAUAUUUUCUAGGGUCAAUGUUCAGUCCUUCAAAUACCACUCAAAAUUUCUACUCAACAAGACUUAUUUGUUUCUAUUCGAAAAGGAAAAAUCUUGAAAUGCUUGUCUAUAAAUUUUACACCAAUGAGUAAAAGAUCAGAUCGAAAUACAUGAAAAAACCUUCUAAGAGAGAAAUAGAUUGGCUACUGUAAUGUUAAAUUUUCUUUAUGCACCUAUGUACACAAUAUAUCUUUCAUCCCUAGGAUAUAAAGAUGCACUUUUUAUGGUUGUGCUAUACCUAAGGCCUGUACUGUAUAAUGUACCUAUGUAUUGCUCAUACAAAAUCCCUGUUAUGUUGUGAGCCUUGCUUGCAAUAAACCGUAUGAACAAAA